AUGGGCCUGGAGGUAGAAGACCUGGCGGCGCUGGAGGCCGCCUGCACAGACUGCGGCGCGUGUCCUGCGUAUCACAAGAACCUCGCUUUUUCUUCUGCUGAAGAUCUCUGCGAGUUUCGUUCUGCGCUGCUCUCCUGGUUCGACUCGAAUCGUCGGAAGCUCCCCUGGAGAGGCGACCCUCCGCCGUUUACCUCCUGGGCGACCACGCGCGCGGCUUCGGGGUGCGCGACGGGCCUGAAGAAGAAUGCUGAGAGCGGCAAGUCUACCUCCUCGAUUCUUUCUUUUUUCGCGAAAAAAGAAAAGCCAGACGCGAAGACGCUCCAGGGAAGUCCGCCUCCAGCCACGACCGACGCUUCAGGCCCCGCCUCGGAUUCCGCACGGGGUUCAGCGGGCACGCGGCAGCCGAAGCGACAGAACGAAGAAGACGCAAAUGGCGGAAAGGGGAAGGAGAGCUCGCCGGCGCAGGCCCAGACGGAGACCGACAGAGAACGCGUGUCGCCGUACGGGGUCUGGGUGAGCGAGGUCAUGCUCCAACAGACGCAAGUCUGCACCGUGAUCGACUACUGGCAACGAUGGGUGGCGCGCUGGCCUACGGUAGCCUCUCUCGCUGAGGCGUCGGAGGAGGAAGUUUCGCAGAUGUGGAGCGGCCUGGGCUACUACCGCCGGGCAAGGCAGCUGCUGGAAGGCGCGCGGACGGUCGUGCGAGACUUCGCGGGCGAGCUGCCGAGUCAUACCGACAGCCUCCGCUCCAUUCCCGGGAUCGGUCCCUACACCGCCGGCGCGAUCAGCGCCAUCGCCUUCGGGAACCGAGCUGCUGCAGUCGACGGCAACGUCAUUCGCGUCUUCUCCCGGCUCUUCGCGCUCGCGGCACCCGCGGACAGUCGCGCCCUAGCUGCACUGUGCAAUCGACUCAUGCCUCCGCUCCUCGCCCCUGACCGCGCGGGCGCCUCUACCGAGGCGCUGAUUGAGCUCGGCGCGACGAUCUGCAGCCCGCGGACGCCCUCUUGCCGCGCGUGCCCAGUUCGCAAGUUUUGUCUGGCUAAUAAGGAGGCGAAGGAAGACGUCGUGCUGUGCAAAUCCCGACAAAACGUUCAUGCUUCAGCGUGCAAGCUGUGUAUCCCUUUCGCGGACGCGCAGGCGGCAGUUCGCGAGAGACAGCAGGCCGCGUAUCCCGCGGCAAAGGCUGUGAAAACCCGGCGAGAGGAGACCUACGUCGCGCUGUGCGUCGUGCGGAGGUGCGCGAGGGAGACACCCGCGGAGGCCACAGCAAACGCCUCGCCUGCGCGGCGCGCGCCUCCACAGACAGACGCGCAGCGUGUGCUGAAGGCCGGCAGCGGCGCAGGACAAACCAGCGAGCCCGAUGAGGCUCUCGCGGCGUGGGAGCUCCUGCUGCGGAGGCGGCCUAGUUCGGGGCUUCUUGCGAGUCAGCUCGAGGUGCCCAGUUACCUGUUGAGCUACACGGGCGGCGCUGGCGACGGGGGGGCUGCUCGCGGAAAGGAAGGCACCUGCAAAAGAAGAAGGAAAUGCACUCCCGAAAGCGGAACGUGGCAAGAGAGUCAAGCUCCAGAUGACGCAGCGGCGGCCGCGUCGCCAGCAGAGGAGGAAGUCGACUUGACGCGCGACGAGACGGACGAUGAGGCUGCGAGCCCGCACAGCGAAAAAGAGACCCGAGCGACUGACGCAGAAAAUCCGAACGAGGCCGCAUAUAGGAGCGACAUGGCGCUUCGCAGGGGGCGGGGGACGCCGGCGGAGCGACCCGGCGACCCAGGAGGAAGCCAUCACACUGCGGGCUCGGCGAGCCCAGAUGCCCCUUCGCGGGGCGGGGCCAGGGGCCUCCGCUGCUCAUCGACAGACCCCACGCAGAGGGCCCUCCGCGAGCUCAUGAGUCAGCUGCGGCCGUACGCCGUGAUCACGGAUGCACCGAUUGCAGUUGGGCAGGUUGCACACGCGUUCAGUCAUGUUGAGCACGUGCUGAACAUUUUCUUCGUGGAAAGCGACGUGGGCGAGCGGUCGAAUCUUUUCGAGGCGCGGGGGGCUUUGGUCAGUUCAGCCAACCCCAGCCAGCCUGCAGCAAGCGGAAACGACGACCGCGAGACGAGGCAGGACGAGGCCACCGGCACAGAGCGUCUGCAGUGGGCGCCAGUCGCCGACGCUUCAGUGAGUGUGACUUCCACAGAAAAGGAACCGCUCUCGCGGCUGCGGACUCUGGCGAAAUGA